GGGGACGUCCGGAAUGUCACCCAGAAACACAUACAGGAGUGGGGCCCCUUUGACCUGGUGAUUGGGGGGAGCCCCUGCAACGACCUCUCCAUCGUCAACCCAGCCCGGAAGGGGCUCUACGAGGGCACCGGGCGACUCUUCUUCGAGUUUUACCGCCUGCUGCACGAAGCCCGGCCCAAGGAGGGCGAUGACCGGCCCUUCUUCUGGCUCUUCGAAAACGUGGUGGCCAUGGGGGUGAGCGACAAGAGGGACAUCUCCCGCUUCCUGGAGUCCAACCCCGUCAUGAUUGAUGCCAAAGAAGUGUCUGCAGCGCACAGGGCACGGUACUUCUGGGGGAACCUUCCUGGGAUGAACAGGCCACUCGCGUCCACAGUCAAUGAUAAGCUGGAGCUGCAGGAGUGCCUGGAGCACGGCAGGAUAGCCAAGUUCAGCAAAGUGCGAACCAUCACCACUCGCUCCAACUCCAUCAAGCAGGGCAAGGACCAGCACUUCCCCGUCUUCAUGAACGAGAAGGAGGACAUCCUGUGGUGCACGGAGAUGGAGAGGUACCGCGGCUGGCCGAGGGCUCUCUGUGGGGCUGCCUGCGCGCGGCGCGGGGCAG